GCCAACGCACGAAACCAUUCGAUGCGAUAGAACGGUAUGCACUGGCGAUGCAUACUACCAACGUAGAGAAGUGCAGUGAACAUUGCGGUACGGAAUAUUAAAUUAAGUAGUUGUGUGUAGCAUGAAAGUACAACUGCCAAAUUGCCUUACAAGACAUGGGAGAUAAAGAACAUCACGUGCACUUCAGCGGAGGAAGCGGCCUCGGGAAAGACAACAAUAUCAUGAUACAACCGCAGCGACAUGGACAGAUUGAUGCUCACCUCGGGUUUUUACAGCUCCAUCACUGGUAUCUCGUGGAAUUCUUGAUUCCCUGGAACCUAUGCGUGCAUAAUGAAGGGAAGACACUGGUACCAGCCGUAGCCACAGGAAACAACAAUCCCAAUUGUCGCAUUGUUGACUUAGGACAAGAAAAGGAUGGCUUAAGGUUGAAGCUGGAGUUUCUGGCGCAUAAAGAGAAGAUACUGAAGGAAGAGGUACAGAUAAGUUGUUGCAAAUCAGGAACCCCGCUGAAGAUCCAGUUGAACGCACGUGUCUUAGGGAAAGAUAAGGGUACCCCGUUGCUGAGGAACGGCAUACGCAGCAUCGGUGUGGAUAGGCCGGAGGAAGAUGAGGUGCUGGGUGCAAAAAUCAAAACAUACCUGAGAACGCACAGCCAACAGCAACCUUGAACGGAAACGAGCGCCCGGGUUCACAAGGGGAACCGCGCGUCCGGUUGGCAAUGAAGCAUUCAACAGGAGACGGCUUGAUCGAUCCACUAGAACGAUCCUUAUUUCGAAAGUUGAGCGUGCAAUUCUUCGUACAUGCAAUGAGCAUAGUAUCGUGGUCAGUGACCAGAAAUGGCUAUAUUAGUCGGCAUAAGCAAUCACGUUUACAUGUCUUUUAACUUUAGAACGUAGGAUACGCCUGUGAUGAGCCUAACACGAAACCUGUUUCACCUUAAACAAAACUGCACGACAUAACUUAUCGAAAUGCGCGGCGUUCACCAAUGAGCUUUUCUCGAGUAUGUUACGUUGGUCCGAUUCACGCAGGCCCGCGUGGCAAUAUCCGCAAGACCCCCGCGGCUCCUUCCGCCGUGUCGAUGUUACCAGUCUUUCACGGGGACGAGCACGGCAUAGAAAAAUUAAUGUGUUCCUCUUGAUCGGCCUUUCCGAAGGAAUCAUAUCGAGAUAUGUAAUUUAUAGAUAACUGCUAAAUAACAGCAUUUACCUAUCGUUAACUUCUGCAACGAGACGUAUCAUGCAAUGCCUAUAAUAUUUACUAUACCUAUUAAUAUUCAUUCUCGGGCUAUUUA